CCUAACGACAAAACAUCACGCUCGUGGAUUACAGUAGCCGAAUUGUUGUGCCUAGCUAGUCCUAGCUAAACAUAAAAUAUAUGUCUAAGAUUGUGUUACUACGUACUACUUCUGGGCCGUGACUAUCCAAUAUAGUGCGCUGUAAGAAAAAAGAGGACAAGAAGAUUUAUUUAUUUGCUUGUUGGCUAAAUGUUGCAGUAACUAGCUCUUGUUACUUUUAACUAGGCUAAUUACUACUGUAGUCUAGACUAAUCCAACCAAGCCUUAUUCUGUCAAAAUGUCUAAACAACUACGGGAUUACAACGACGAGACGCUAUUUUCUUUCGAGCUCUUUGUGAAGUAUAUCCGCGUUGACAAACUAAAAUCAUGGAAAGGUUCGGAAGAACUCGCUCUCGGAGUUCGUCUACUGGAUUUCCCAACGUUGCUCAUAUACCAGCCAGAUUCUGCUAUGUUGCACGAGCCAGAUCGUGAUGAAUAUGCAAAGAAGAAUGAGCUUUGUCGUUAUCAAUUUGAGACAUUUGAAUACGCUUUUAACAAAGGCAAGUCAUGUUUGUUCAAAAUAAAUCUGGACUCACUCCACACCCAUCUUUCCAAUACUCCACUAUACGCUAUGGUGCUGGAUAUGUCAGACGAAAUUCCAAAAUUAAUGGGGACCUCCCAAAUCUCUCUGGCUAAACUGAUCAACCAAAUACGAUGUGAUGCAGAGGCCCAUGGUAUUUCCACUCCUUCUGCACAAGGAGAGAAAACCAUUGUAGGCAUAUUUAAUCUAAUGGGUCAAAAUAUUGGCUUUAUUUCCCUGGGUUACAAACUUAUAAGCUUGGGAUCUAGUUUAUUAACUCAUAUCCCAGAGAACAGGGUUCAUAAAGUUGGAUUAAUGACCCAGCCAGAUCUUAUGAAAAAUUUGAAAGUUCCUUGUGAGCAAAAUAAAUUGCACAGCAGCUCAGAUCACAGUUCACGCAACUCCGAUGACAAGCCCUCUAAUGAGCCGUCUCAGAAUAACCAAGUCAGUGAACAGCCAAAGGAAUCACUACUGUCAGAAGCAAAGCAGAGAAGCACCGUUUCAAUCUCCACCCAAACAGAGGAUGCUGAGAGGAAGCAGACAUCAGAAGUGGUUGGAUGUGGUUGGAUGUGGUGAAGAGCCAGCUGCACUGGGUCCUACACACCUCCACUGCUGCUCGGCACAACAACACAAAGGAAAUGAGACCGAUGAGUUGAAACUAUUUAACCUGGACCUUGAGUCUUUACUGACUGAGAGCCUUGACCCCAGCUCAGGGGACAAGACACCAGAGGUAGAGAUGGAAGGCCCAGAGUUUGACCCAACAGACAACAUGAAGACCAGCAGCCCAAGACACCAAACACAAGACACAGCGCCACCUGUCCUCU